ACACACACACACACACACACACACACACACACACACACACACACACACACACACACACACACACACACACAGCGAGGCAAGCGGCGCUUUGGGUAUAGUAGAAGGUGAAGAGCGAGAGAAAUCCAAGCAGGCGCAGACGCCUUCACGCACUGAGCAGAGGGGAUUGCGGUGCGGUUUCUGUGCAGCGGCUGGGAUCCGAUCUUUUAAAACCAUGCUGGAUUGACUGCCGAGAAGCAACUGCGAUCAAUGGCUUGGCUUUGAAAUCGUUGAAAUUUUAUUGGAAAGGAGACAGAGCGACAGUGGGAGAGGGAGAGAAGCGAGAGAGUGGCGAGAGGGGUGGAAAUAAAGAUCCUUUCAACGAUGGAGCUUUCAAUGGAAAACAUCGGAAAUCUGCACGGCGUGUCUCACUCGCACCAAACGAGCGACUUAAUGAACUCCCCGCACGCGCGCCAGUCGUCGGCGUCGCAUCGGAACUUGGUGUCGCACGGACGGUCGGCCAUGGUGUCCAGCAUGGCCUCGAUACUGGAGGGAGCGGGGGACUACCGCACAGACCACGCGCUGUCUGGCCCCCUGCACCCGGCCAUGACCAUGUCGUGCGACUCCGGGAUGAGCCUGAGCAGCACCUACACCACCUUGACGCCGCUACAGCACCUGCCACCCAUCUCCACCGUGUCGGAGAAAUUUCAUCACCCACACCCACAUGCUCACCAUCAUCCGGCGCACCAGAGGCUUGCAGCUGGGAACGUCAGCGGCAGCUUUACCCUGAUGAGGGAUGACAGGAGCCUCGCCUCCAUGAGUAACCUGUACGGCCACUACCCUAAAGACAUGUCCGGCAUGGGACAACCCCUGUCUCCUCUGUCCAAUGGUCUCGGGUCUCUGCACAGCUCUCAGCAGACUCUCAGCGCCUAUGGUCCUGGGGCUCACCUCUCCAACGACAAGAUGCUUUCAUCUGGGGGGUUUGAGUCCCACGCGGCCAUGCUGUCCCGGGGCGAGGAGCACCUGGCUCGGGGUCUCGGGGGCCAUGGGGCUGGGCUCAUGACAUCCCUGAACGGCAUCCACCAUCACAGCCAUCCACAUUCUCAGGCAAACGGAUCCAUGCUGUCGGACCGGGACAGACAGACGGUGGUGGGAGGUGGGCAGGGAGCUGGGUCGGGACAGGUGGAGGAGAUAAACACCAAGGAGGUGGCACAGCGAAUAACAGCAGAGCUCAAGCGCUACAGCAUUCCGCAGGCCAUCUUUGCUCAGAGGAUCUUGUGCCGGUCCCAGGGAACUCUGUCUGACCUGCUGCGGAACCCUAAACCGUGGAGUAAGCUCAAGUCUGGACGGGAGACGUUCAGGAGGAUGUGGAAGUGGCUCCAGGAGCCCGAGUUCCAGCGGAUGUCAGCGCUCAGGCUUGCAGCCUGCAAGCGCAAAGAACAGGAGCAACACAAGGACCGCAACACGGCACCCAAGAAACAGCGCCUGGUCUUCACCGACCUGCAGCGGCGUACACUCAUUGCCAUCUUCAAGGAGAACAAGCGUCCAUCCAAGGAAAUGCAGAUCACCAUCUCCCAGCAGCUCGGCUUGGAGCUCAGCACUGUCAGCAACUUCUUUAUGAAUGCACGUCGCCGCUGCGUGGACCGCUGGCACGAUGACCAUGGCACCAGCCCCGGGCAGCCGGGCACAUCCACCACCACCUUCUCUAAGGCCUGAUAAUGGGAUGAGGCCUUCAGAGGGUUAGGAGGGGACCAGGUCAGAGCAGUAGGCAUCACAGAAAGUUGGCUGUGAAACCUGUCUCCACCUGACCUGGACUAUCUGAAUGUGCCCUCUGCCUAAAAAAAAUCUUUUGUGCCAUGCAAUCAUCUUUUUUUGUCAGUCAAAAUGUUCAAACUCUCACCUGAAGAAGCAUAAUCUAAGAGGUGAGGAGUGAAGUCAGGUCCAAUCCGCAUUUCUCACAUAAGGACAAUCAUUGAUUUUGUCUUUGAUGAAAAUGAUUUUUAAGGCAUCUUACAAAGCAAAGAGACACCAAAGAGUUGACCUUUUUUCCGCUUCUUUUUAAUAGCCUUUGCAUUUCGUCGGCCUCCGUCGCCGUUUCACCCGAGUAGCCACUGGUACUGCUUUUCCUCUCACCUCCUUUGUGUCUGCCUCCUUAUUCACAUCCUCUCAACUCACAUGGAAGCAACAAGGGCGAAAGAAUGGCAAUAAAUCUGACAAGACAACUGCA